AUGUCAAGGUCAUACUGGCACAUGCGUGGACAGCGCAAUACGCGCAACUCGCAGAACCGGCAGGACCAACAAAUUCCUCAGCCUCAGGCACCUCCUGCUCCGCAGGCUCCGGUUUUGCAGGCUCAGGCAUCACAGGCUUCGGCUUCACAGGCUCGUCAAGUUCCUCAAUCUCAGCUAGCUCAGCGAAUGCAGGAGGCUAUGGGGGAUCUACAGGCUAUACUGCAGGCUUCUCAGGCUUUUCAGACUCGUCAAGCUCCUCAAGCCCCUCAAGCUCCUCAAGCUCAAGCCCCUCAAGUCGCUCAAGAUCAGCAGCCUCCGCAAGCUCCUCAAGCUCAGCAGCCCCAAGCGGAUCAACAGCGCGAGCAGUGGGCACAGCUCCAGCAAGUUCCGGAGGAUACAGUGCUACUUAGGGCGAGCAACGAUCCAGACACCGCAGCAGAGGAUGGGCAGGAUGGGCAGAACGGGCAAGAGGCUGGCGCUCUGCAUGAGCCGGAUGGUCAAAAUGUACCGCCGCCACCGCCACCGCCACCAAGACCAAGUGAAGGCAUAGCAAGGGAAGCCCGCUCGGUGAUCUGGAUCAACCAAAUCACCAGGGAAGACGGGACGGUCUUCGACGAUUCGGUAGCACCAGCACCCUGGGGGUUCCAGCGGCCUGGGCACCCGGAAUACAUGGUCGACUGGAUGCCUGUCGGUUCGGCCACAGUGUGCCCGGUCAUCUACUGGCUGCAGUACCCGUAUCCCGACUGGAACGGGGCGCCGGUCGACGCGCUUGACCUGGAGUUCCGCCGCGUGCGGGCCCUGUAUCCCCCCAAUGUGACCCUUUACGGCGUGAUUUUCCGGGGCCGAUGGGCGCGUCUCUACCGCGAGAUGAGGCCCUGGGCGGUCGGCGUCGACGCGCCGAUCCCGGACACCCUGCUCGUGCAGGAGAGCUUGGACAUCAAUAUGAAGGAGGAGGCCGGGCUACAGCUCUUCGCUGCCUGGAGGUACUCCCUGCCCGAGAACGCUCGCCGUAAAUGCAAACUAAAUCUUUGCGAUGCCAAAAAGAUGUAG